AUAAAUACAACCUCGAACAGCGCAUUAUAGUCUGUUACUAGGAUUGUUACUAGGUUUUUAAGUUUUUAGAUCAUUUACUAUUUGAAAAGAAAUAAAGUAAAGUAAAUAAAUGUUUUACUAAUUUACUAAUUUACUUUAUUGGUUCAUAGUAGUUAAUUAUGGCUGUUGCAACUUCUUCAGUUGGUGGGGUUGUUGCUGGAAGCAACCCUUUAGUAUAUUCUGCUGGUGCUCCAUAUACUAUCUUUUUAUUUCAAGUUAUAUUUGUUAUUUUACUUUGUCAUAUUGUUCAUGUUCCAUUGAAGAGAUUACAACAACCUCGAGUAAUUGCUGAAGUAAUUACUGGAGUUUUAUUAGGUCCAUCAGUUAUGGGUCAUAUCCCAAAUUUUACAAAGAAUUGUUUCCCACCUGAUUCACUUCCUGGAAUUGUUUUAUUUGCAAAUAUUGGAAUUAUUCUUUUCUUAUUUAUAAUUGGUUUAGAAGUUGAUAUUACAUUUAUUAGAAAAAAUCUUAAAGUAGCAUUAACUGUUGGAUUAAUUAAUAUGGCAGUACCUUUUGCUUUAGGUUGUGGAAUUGCUAAGGGAAUUUAUGAUACUUAUGUUGAACAUACUGAUCAAGAACGCCCAAUUAAAUUUACUACUUAUAUGGUUUUCAUUGCUGUUGCUAUGUGUAUUACGGCUCUUCCUGUAUUAGCUCGUAUUUUAACUGAACUUAAUUUAAUUGGUGAUAGAGUUGGUACUAUUGUUUUAGCUGCUGGUAUUACUAAUGAUUUAACUGGUUGGAUCUUAUUAGCUUUAGUAGUUAUUUUAGCAAAUGCUUCUAAUGGGGUAAAUGCUGUCUAUAUUUUAUUAUUAACUUUAGCUUGGUUCUUAUUAUUAUGUUAUCCAAUUAGAUUGACUUUAAAAUUCAUCUUAAGAAAAUUCACAAAUGAUUUAUCUACUGGUGAACCAUCUCAAUUCCUGAUGAUGCUUAUUUUAGUAUUGGUAUUUAUUUCUGCUUUUUAUACUGAUGUUAUUGGGGUACAUCCAAUUUUUGGGGCAUUUAUGGCAGGUGUAAUUAUUCCAAGAGAUAAUGGAUAUGUUAUUCGUAUAACUGAAAAAUUAGAAGAUUUAGUCCAUAUUGUUUUAAUUCCUCUUUAUUUUGCUAAUGCAGGUUUAAAUGUUAAUUUAGGUUUAUUAAAUCGUGGUAUUGAUUGGGCUUAUACUAUUGGAAUUAUUUUACUUGCCAUGGUAGGAAAAAUAUUUGGAGGUUUUGUUGCUGCAAAGUUUAAUAAAUUAUUAUGGAGAGAAUCAUUAGCUGUUGGUGCUUUAAUGUCUUGUAAAGGUAUUGUUGAAAUUGUUGUUUUAACAACUGGUUUAAAUGCUGGUAUUAUUUCUCAAAAAGUAUUCUCAAUGUUUAUUGUUAUGGCUCUUGUUACAACUUUUGCAACAACUCCAAUGACAUUAUGGAUUUAUCCAAUUUCUUAUCGUGAAAAGAGAGAUAGAUUUAUUAAGGGAGAAAUCAAUUGGGAUGGUACACCUGUUGAUAAUAAAACUGAUCAAUCUAGUUUACUUAAUGAUCAACAAGCAAAUUCUUUAUCUCAAUAUACUAUUAAAGGAUUAGCUGAUUAUAAGAUUAAUCAAUUUGUUUUAUUAUUAAAAAGAAUUGAUACUUUAUCAUAUCUUAUGACUUUUACUAAGAAUUUUAAUGAUUCUGAUAUUAAAGCUAUUCAUUUAAGAGAAUUUACUUCAAGAACAUCACAUUUAUUAGAAGCAUCAACUGGACAAUAUGAUGAAAAUAGUGAAAAAGUUAUUAAUGAUAAUGAAUAUACUAACUCAUUUUCUAUCUUAUCUAUUAUUAAAGCAUUUAGUGAAAUGUCAGGAAUUAAUUGUUCUGCUAGAUCUAUAUUAUCAACAUUUAAAAAUCAUGUUUUAACAAUUAAUGAACAAAUUUCUGAAAAGUCUGAUUUCUUAAUUACUAGUAUUAAAUUAAAUCAAUUAACAAGAGAAAGUAUUGAUUAUUCCUUAUACAAGAAAUUAUUUCAAGAAUGUAAAUCACACUUUGGUUUAUUAUUAAUUAAUGAUCUUUCUGUUGGACAUGUCAAUAAUAAUUUGAAUUAUUAUGAUGAUGAAACUAAAGCAAGUAUUAUUGAUACUGGAGAUCAAUUAACAGGAAAAUUUAGUAGUUUAAAAGUUAUUAAUUUAAUUUUAAGACAUGAUAAUUUAUUGAGUUCAAGUGAUUUAUUAUCAUUACAUUUAAUUUUUAAAUUAUUAAGUAAUGAUUCAAACCUUUCAAUUAUUAAUGUUUAUAUCCAACAAGCUUCAGGUUCAAAAUCAAAGGCUAAUCAAUUUGAACAAGAAAUUACUAAUUUAUUUAAAUCUAAAAAGGAUGAUAUUAUUGUUAAUAUUUCUUAUAUUAAAGAAAUUCGUAAUAUUAAGGAAGAUAUUAAGAGAUUCCAUGGAGGAAGUUCAUCUAAUGAAUUAUUUGUUAUCUCAAAUAAUGGUUCAAAUUCUACUUAUAAUGAAAUUGCAGUUGGUUCAUCAUCUACAUCAAUUGUUACUGAAGCAAUGUUUGAUUAUGAUGUCGAUCAACUCUUUAAUUUAAGUACAGCUGAAGGGUUUCAUGUUUUGGUUGUCCAAGCUGCUAUUAAUUAAUCUAUAUAGUUAAGUUAUUAUUGUUUUAAAUAAAUGAAGAACAGGU